AUUGGUAAGGCACUGUUGAAUCGUAUUCCAUUCGUAACUGCCGCAUUCUCUCUUGAAUGUUACUGUCAGGAUCAUCUUCUACACCAUCCACAUCAUCCAAUUGAUCGGUUGACAAACUUUUUCUGA